UAUUCGCAGCACGUGUGUGUGUGUGUGUGUGUGAGAGAGAGAGAGAGCAGAGCCAACAUUGAUGUACAACACAAUCCAGUGCACAUCGUAUGAACGAAGACGGGCUUUCGGCAUUUCUCGUCGAGUUUCUCCCGGUGUGCGACUUCGUUCGUUUGUUCGGUCGGUACACACUAGACCAUAUAUUAUCAUCGACGACGACGACGAACCUGUUCUACAGAAACACACCAUCGUUCGCGAUCAUCAUUAGACCGGUUUCUCAAGGUUUGUGUCGGCCGGCUCCGAUGAGGGUCGAAGAUCUCGCCGCCUCGAUGCAAGCCGGCGAUCAUGUCGACGAGAAAGGCCGGGAAUGGACGACGGCGCGCGGGCGCGCGGUCAGGGUGUGUUUCGUGAUUCCAAGAGGCAGUAGCUCCAAGAGGUUGUCGUGCAAAAUGUCCACAAUCCCAAUUUCUACGGCGGCGUCCGUCACCUCGAGAGAACAAUUAAAGAAUUAGCUAUAUAUCACCCCCCACCACACAUGGCACCGAUCGACACGAUCAUCAGGUACGCGACACACAGUAGUCGGAGCACCCUUGUCC